GUGACGUAUAAUCUAGUGGACGGUUCUUCAUAAACAGCUCGUCAACCACCUCGGUAGCUUGCUAGCCAACAUAGCCGAAAGAUUCAAGCUAUUUAUACGCUUUCGGUGUAUAUUACCGACUGUGUUUUCGACACACUUAGGUCGUAUCUACUUGUUAACCUAUUUAAUUUAAUAUUACGUUAUUUUGUAUUAGUCAGCUAUAGUAGCUGGUUGGUUAAGUUAGCACUAGCCUAGUCGCUAAUGAUAGCUAGCUAGCUAACAUCCCCGAACAUGAGCUCACUAAACUACUCCCCUCUUGUUAAAGAAGAGGAGGUCUGCUGGACGGAGAAAGAAGAUCUGGGGCUGAACAUUGUCGUGAAAGAGGAGAAGGAAGAAGAGGAUGUCACAGUAAAACAAGAAGUAGAAGGUGAGGCUGUUACAGUGAAAGAAGAAGAGAAAGACGUUUCAGUGAAAGAAGAGGAAGACGUUACAGUAAAAGAAGAGGAUGAGGAAGAGAAAGAGGUGGAUGUAGUUUAUGGAGUGAAGAAGGAAGGGGAGAUUACUGUCACAUUGAAAGAUGAAGAGGAGAUAGGAGAUCUGAUUAAAACCAGAGAGAUACGGGACUAUUGUGGAUCCUCUGGGAAUCCUCAACAACUUCAUGAUGCUGACGAGGCAGAGAAGAGUCUCUCCACAUCAGAACUCCUCCAGAAACACCAGCAGAGACCCACAGGGAAGAAAUCUCAUUGCUGCUCUGACUGUGGGAAAGGUUGCAAAUCUUCAUCAGAACUUAAAAUACACGAGCGAGUACACACAGGAGAGAAACCUUAUAGCUGUGAUCAAUGUGGGAAGAGUUUUGGUAGAUCUGACCAGCUGACAUCACACCAGAGAAUACACACAGGAGAGAAACCUUAUAGGUGUGCUCAAUGUGGGAAGAGAUGUACUACAUCAAGCAAUCUGACUUCACACCAGAGAACACACGCAGGAGAGAAAUCUUAUAGCUGUGGUCAAUGUGGGAAGAGUUUUUUUCAAUCUUGCUCUCUGACUGUACACCAGAGAACACACGCACAACACACAGGAGAGAAACCCUUUAGCUGUGGUCAAUGUGGGAAGGGUUUUGAUAGAUCUGGCCAGCUGACAUCGCACCAGAGAAUACACACAGGAGAGAAACCUUAUAUCUGUGCUCAAUGUGGGAAUAGUUUUACUACAUCAAGCAAUCUGACUUCACACCAGAGAACACACACAGGAGAGAAAUCUCAUAGUUGUGAUCAAUGUGGGAAGAGUUUUGGUGCAUCUUGCUAUCUGACAGUGCACCAGAGAAUACACACAGGAGAGAAACCUUAUAGCUGUGGUCAAUGUGGGAAGAGUUUUGGUAGAUCUGGCCAGCUGACAUCACACCAGAGAAUACACACAGGAGAGAAACCUUAUAGCUGUGGUCAAUGUGGGAAGAGAUGUACUACAACUUACUCUCUGACUGUACACCAGAGAAAACACACAGGAGAGAAACCUUAUAGCUGUGGUCAAUGUGGGAAGAGUUUUGUUCAAUCUGGCUCUCUGACUGUACACCAGAGAAAGCACACACAACACACAGGAGAGAAACCUUUUAGCUGUGGUCAAUGUGGAAAGAGUUUUGGUAGAUCUGGCCAGCUGACAUCACACCAGAGAAUACACACAGGAGAGAAACCUUAUAGCUGUGCUCAAUGUGGGAAGAGAUGUACUACAUUAAGCAAUCUGACUUCACACCAGAGAACACACACAGGAGAGAAACCUCAUAGUUGUGAUCAAUGUGGGAAGAGUUUUAUGACAACAAGCAAUCUGACUUCACACCAGAGAACACACACAGGAGAAAAACCUCAUAGUUGUGAUCAAUGUGGGAAGAGUUUUACGACAUCAAGCAAUCUGACUUCACACCAGAGAACACACACAGGAGAGAAACCUUAUAGCUGUGAUCAAUGUGGGAUGAGUUUUACUAUAUCUAGCUCUCUGACUUCACACCAGAGAACACACACAGGAGAGAAACCUUAUAGCUGUGAUCAAUGUGGGAAGAGUUAUACUACAUCAAGCCAUCUGACUUCACACCAGAGAACACACACAGGAGAUAAAUCUUAUAGUUGUAAUCAAUGUGGGAAGAGUUUUCCUACAUCAUUCCAGCUGACUUCACACCAGAGAACACACACAGGAGAGAAACCUCAUAGCUGUGAUCAAUGUGACAAGAGAUACUCUGAUAAAAGAUCUCUGAUCAAACAUCAGAAAAUACAUACAUGAAGUUGUUUCAUGAUAUCAAUGAAAUAAUGUCACACUGUAGAAUGUUUUAACAUUGUAGUUGGAGUAUUUUAAUGAUGUCACAAUGUAGAAUGUUUUAACAUUGUAGAAGGAGUAUUUUAAUGAUGUCACAAUGUAGAAUGUUUUAACAUUGUAGAAGGAGUAUUUUAAUGAUGUCACAAUGUAGAAUGUUUUAACAUUGUAGUAGGAGUAUUUUAAUGAUGUCACAAUGUAGAAUGUUUUAACAUUGUAGUAGGAGUAUUUUAAUGAUGUUCUACCUUAUCCUUAUCCUUUGCCCUGUUCAAUUGAUUGCAGCAUGAUAUUGAUAUUAGCCUCAGGGGAAAUCUAGGCUCUGAAUUGAAAGAGUAUUAUUUAACAAAAAGUGACUAACAAAAAAAGAGCUGUGUUACACUUACUGCGUUGGUGACCCACUUUAAUCAAAAUGCAGCACUUCAAAAUGUAGCUAGCUGUUUUCUACAAGUUGAAAAAGCUGCUUGUUUAAAAAAAUACAUGUAAUAUGAUAAUUGUUGCAGAUGUUUGUGUAUUUACACACAUGAAAGCAGUAUAAUAAAUUGGUCUAUAAUCAAUGAUAUUAACAAUCUGACAUCACUCCAGUAUUUCUUGACAACAUUCAAAUGCUAAUUGUCUUUAUUCCACUACUGAAGAAGCAUGACUCAAAAGUAAUCAUAAUUAUUCAUGCAACCAGCUGACCGUUUUUGUGUAUAAUUAUAUUGACAAUGUUGCCCUGCUUUUAGAAUAUCAGGAUUCAUUCUCAGAUGUGCUAACCCAAAUGCAUGACAUUGGGGACUGGGCCCGAUCCAACAACAUGCCUAUCGAGUGAACCCUGAAAAGAGAGAGAGAAGUAAGGUUGAAAGUUACUACGGAUAUUGCAGGAGUUGGUUGCUGAUUGUCUCAAGGGUGGGCAGUCAACAAGUUUUGCGUUUAGCCAGUGCGUUGCCAUGGAUCACAAUUUAUUUUGACUGCACGUUUUUCCGUAUUGGAGAUUUAGUUUUUUGGGCUCGUUCCAAGGGGACCAGAGUUCUAGAAGCUAGUGAGUUUUAGGAAGAGGAGAGUUCUAGUAGCCAGUACUAUAAUACUAUUGUAUAUUAUUAUUAUUUAUAUUAUUAUUUAGAAAUAUGUGUUUUUUCUUGUUUUUAAUUGUUGACAGCCAGUAGACACUAUGUUUAUAUUGUAGUUGAUUAUGUGAAAUGGAAGUUGUUUUCUGUUGGGGGUGAGCAUACUUGUCCAACAAAAAUAUAGGAUAUAUUUGUUGUCUAAAGGGGGAAGGUGUUACGGGCUUUGGUUUUUCCAUUUAUGUUUUGAGGUUGGACUUUAGCACGUAUAGCUCGUUAGCACGUAUAGCUCGUUAGCACGUAUAGCUCGUUAGCACGUAUAGUUCGUUAGCUCGUAUAGCUCAUCAGCACGUAUAGCUCAUCAGGACGUAUAGCUCGUCAGCACGUAUAGCUCGUCAGCACGUAUAGCUCAUCAGGACGUAUAGCUCGUUAGCACGUAUAGCUCGUCAGCACGUUUAACUCGUUAACAUGUAGGACGCACUGAUUGGUGUCACCUCGUUAGUCAGUAUGUGUUACACCUGUGCUGGCUUGUCCAUCUCGUUAGUGGGAAGGUGUUUCACCUGAGCUGGUCCAGGUUCUAUUUAAGAGUGUCUGGCCCAGUGCGCCAGUUGUCUUGAUAGAUGUGGAGAGUCAACACCUUUAGUUGCUCCACCUUUUUGGUUUGCGUCCUGUCUAAGUUUGGUGUGGGUUUUUAUAUUGUUUGCCUCUUCUUGGGCAGAUUUAGUGGGUCUCAUGGUGGGUGUCUUUUAGGUCCCAGUUGUUGUUACUAGUCAACUUUCAUUCGACACCCCCAUAGUGUCUUUGAGAACCCCUCCUAAAAAACAAGCUUAUAUUUUGGGUUGGAUAUUGCAUCCAAUUAGUGUUUUAAUCAAUGGCAUUUCCUUAGAAUGCUCAUUAGUCUUUCAGUUGUUAAUCUUCUGUUUUUUUUUAUCCUGUUAUUUUUGUGUACUAAGUAUUUCUGUUUAUUUUCAUUGUUUUCUCCUGUGAAGCCAUUGUGUUGCAUCCAUGUCUAAAAUGUGCUGUAUAAAUAAAGCUUGAUUUGAUUUCAACAAAUGAA